CGCACGACGAAGAGUGGAAGACGACAAAGUAGUAGUCAAUUCAGUACGUGGGUUCGUCGACGCAGAGGGAGGGGCGGCGGGCGAGCUGAAUGCGGAUGCGAAGAGGAGGGCCGGUGCGUUGACUUGGAUUUUGCAAUCGGAGGAGCUAUCGGUUGGUAGCUGCUGCCGCGGAGGCGACGAGUCUCUUCUCCAUUUCGUUGCUUCAGCUCGUAGGGAUCUGCUUAUGUGAGUCCACUUCUCUCUUUUUUGAUUCUUUCGUGGUAGUCGGAGAAAGUGGUUGAGAUUGGAUCUUUCAGAAUCCACGAGGAAAGGUUGUAAAACGGCUUUAUGGAUUCUAAACGGAGGCCAAUUUUUGAAGCUUCCUCUUCGGGGGGAGAUCAAUCAAGAAAUCUUAAUCAGAACCACCAAGUCGACGUGUCCAACUCCAUAGAUAUAUGUUUUGAUGCUAGAAGUGAGCAGUCCUUGAUCAAAUUCUCAUCAAACUUAGAUCACAACUCAUCCGAUCAGUCUUAUCAGACCCCACAAUUCAAAAUGAAUUUGGAUCCAAGAGCUAUGCUUAACAACCUGGAUUUUCUAGAGCAGAAGAUCCAUCAAAUUCGGGACAUAGUUCGUUCCACCCUUAACAACAAAGGCAGGAUCUCAACCCAAUCGAAUGAAUUUGCUGUGCAGCAGCAGCUCAUAAACACAGAUCUAACUUCUAUCAUAAUUCAGUUGAUCUCUACAGCAGGAACCCUUCUGCUCUCAAUGAAAAAUGUUCUUGCAAACGGUGGCAGCUCUGUUGGACAAAUCCCCAGUAUUCCAGAUUCUGCCUCUGACUUGGGACUUGUUGGCACUUCGCAACAAAAGCUUGACCUUGUUUCAGAGGGAACUGAGCUUUCUGAAUAUGAAGAGCUUAUCAAAGGUCUGGGUGAAUGGGACGAUGAGGGAAUCAAAUCAAUGCCCGCAGAUGACAAUGAUGUGAAGGAUAGUGGAGAUGGGGUAAGUGGAGAAAACCUUCCUCCUGGAUCAUAUGAGGUUUUGCAACUCGAAAAGGAGGAGAUAUUAGCACCACACACACACUUCUGCACAAUCUGCGGGAAGGGGUUCAAAAGAGAUGCUAACCUAAGGAUGCAUAUGAGAGGCCAUGGAGACGAGUACAAGAGUCCAUCUGCCCUCUCCAAACCACAGAAAGAAGCAAGUUCUGAACCUGUGCUUCUAAAGAGAUAUUCAUGUCCUUUUGUUGGUUGCAAGAGAAACCGUGAGCACAAGAAUUUCCUGCCUCUGAAGACAAUUUUGUGUGUGAAGAACCACUACAAGAGAAGCCAUUGUGACAAGAGCUACAUCUGCAGGAAGUGCAACAACAAAAAGUUUUCAGUGAUGGCAGAUUUGAAAACUCAUGAGAAACACUGUGGUAGCGACAAAUGGCUUUGUUCUUGUGGAACUACAUUCUCGAGGAAAGACAAGUUGUUUGGGCACAUUGCACUAUUCCAGGGUCACACACCAGCACUGCCCAUGGAUGAAAUUAAAGGUCAGGGAACCUCAGAUCAAGGGCAUAGCUGCGAAGUAACUACCAAAAUGGAGGAAACAAAUGAUCUCUUCUCUGACAAUGCAAUUGGAGUUACUAAUGUUCCAGACUUCGGAAGUGCUGAAGAUGAUUAUGGCUUUUUCUCUAUGAACAUAGACUCCUUCAACUUUGGUGGAAUUGAUGGUUUUCAGUAACCUACAAUUCAUUGGAUGCAUCUGAUAGUUCAUUUCCUGUUCAUGGUGCUGGACCUUGGUCAGUCAGUCUCAGAAUUAAAUGAUCGAGUUAUUGUCAUAGACACAGUACAAAAUUAGUUCGCCACCUUCAUGGAUUCUCUAUGCUGAUACCAUUUCCAUGUUCCUUAUAUGAGUUCCUUUGUUCUAUAUAUUCCAUAGCUUGUUCAUUGUUUUUCUACUUUGUGUCAUGUGUAUUACAAGUAAUUCAUUUUAUCAGAAUGUUAUAAUACUUCCUUUCUUGAAUCAA